UGCAGCCCCUCACCGCCUUCACUCCCUGCGUGUGUGUCAGUCAGUGUCUGUGUGCGUCAGGCAGUCUCGCCACCUGUGUGUGUGUGUCAGUCAGUGUCACUCCCUGUGUGUGUGUCUGUGUUUGUGUGUGUGUGUCUGUGUGUGUCAGGCAGUCUCACCGCCUGUGUGUGGGAGCGGUGGCGCAGCGGUUAGCGCUACGAACCCGAGUUCGAAUCCCGGCCACGGCCACCGAUACCAGUGACGAUUUAAUCUGAACCGGUCCUGGGCCUCCCCUAGGUCGACUCAGCCUAAAAUGAGUACCCGGCGCGCUGCGUAGUAAACAUCGCCACUGGGGGGAGACAAAGGCGGCCGGGCGUGGUGCUGGCCACCCACCCCCUCGUGUGCCACAGUGCCGGCAGCACUUGCCCCUGCAAUCUGCUAGAGGCUACACGGGGGACCUUUGUCUGUGUGCGCGUGCGUGCUGCUCCGAUCCCAAUCCGGAUUCUCUCUCCGCCGUCUCCUCCGCCUCCUCCUCCUCCUCGCAUCGGCGACGGCGCCAUCUUACUCGGGCCACCCGUGGCCCCCGCUGGGUCCGUCACGUGACCUACUCCUCCUCCUGCCGGCAGCGAGGCUCGAAGUGCACCUAGCCUGGCACGGGCGCCGUGGUGACGUCGCCGCCCGCCACUAGCUGUACGCUGGUCACCUCGUCGCCCCCCCCCUCUUCGCUCCGCGCCGUCGCCAUGGAGAACGCCCCCCCCGCGGCCCCCCCUCUGGAAGCCCCCCCCGUCUCGCUGGGCCUGUCGGCCGUGGCGCUGUGGACGUGCGUGGCCGUGGCGUCGCCCGUCCUGCUCACGCUGCUCUACCGCCUCUACCGCCGCCGGUGGCCCCCGCGGGCCCACGGGGGCCUCCACGCGGCACCGCGGCGGCGCCGGCGGCAACAGCCGAGGUGGAGGCGGCGGCCGCCAUCGUCGCCGGCGGCGGAGGGCGUCAAGGAAAAGGAUGAGGGGGAGAAACCGGCGGCGACGGAGGAGGAGGAGGUGUGGGAAGAGGAGGAGGAGGAUGAGGACGACUCUCGGCACUCGUGGGACGAGGUGGAGCUGUUUGGCCGCCCGGCCUUCUGCUGCGUGUGUGCGCAGUCGGCCCUGCUGCACGUCUCCUGCUGCCACACCUGCGGCCUGUGCGCCCACGGAGCCUGCGUGGCCACGGCCGAGGGCACCCUGCGCUGCAAGGCGAGGUGCUCCCCGGCUCCCGGCGGGCGCAUGCGCCACCUGUGGGUGCGCGGCGCCGUGCCGCUGUGCUCCGCGUGCGCCGCGUGCGGCGCGCCGUGCGGCGCCGAGCCGCGGCUGUGCGACGCUCGCUGCGCCUGGUGCCGGCGCUGCGUGCACGACGCCUGCCGGCCCCGCGGCCGCGGCGGCGACGCGGAAGGCCGCGAUGGCGGUGACGGCGGCGACGGCGGCGGUGACGACGGUGACGACGGCGAGGACGACGUGUGCGACCUGGGCCCGCUGCGUGGAGUCAUCAUCCCGCCACCCACCCUCCACGCGGCGCUACGGCAGCGAUAG